CUUUAAUGUUGUUUAUUUGGCCGUUGUGGUGUGCUCUAUUGUUGUGUGCUGUCCGACCGAGCUGCGAACAUUUAAGCUAGCGUAGCUUUGUUGUUAGGCUCUCCGCUAAUUUAUUUGAGUUAAGUGACGUCGAGGGCUCGCCUCAUUAUCUCAAAAGUCACCAAAAACACGUUUUCCGACAUAAAUUCGCAAUUGAUUGAAGAUCCACUGGUCGUUUGGAAGAGCCGAAAAUUGCGGUCAGCAACCUGUUUGCUGGCUUGACAGCCCGCUUUUGGGCCUCCGGUCGUCAUCCUCCAUUUUGGCCAUUUUUCCGAGUUUGCCUACGCCGGGCCGCCGGACGAUGCCGACAUGAGCGCGGACCAAGUUGGACGUUUCCGGCGCGGCUGUUCCAGGAAUGGCCAACUGAACAGCAGCCCGUCGCAUUCGCAGCUCCAAUUCCAGGACAGCGCGUUGUCUCCGACGCUCGCCUUGCUGCCGGCGAACCGCGCCGGAGAAGCCAGUGUGGCGGAAUAUUCCUUUUUCCAGAAAAGCGAUGCAGAAUUUCUGCCUCUAAGCGCUUCUCUGGACUUUUCUGCGGGGCACGAGUCUGAUGAGGGCUCUCUGUCGCAGCACCCUUUGGCCCAGGAGGUCGACGCGAGUUCCGUCAGCUGCGGCCCUCGCAGCACCCGACCGGACGGCGCCAGCGAGCUUUUGUACCGACAGCUGCUGGCCCGCACCAACAAAUCCGCACCGGCAACGUCCUCAGGCCAGAAGUGCGUGCCGGCGUCCGCAUCCCGCGGCGCCGAGGAAGCGUCUUUCCUGGGUUUCUUGCCGCAGUCCCAGUCCACGCCGGGCCUUCGAGAGCCGCCGUCCGAGUCCGCCGUCGUCCCCUCCAGCGACCACGAGUCCAAAAAAGUUCGCGACGGUAACGCGUUGCCGGACUCGAACGCGUCCCUGUUAGCGGAGUCCUCUGUCAUCACCUCGGAUGUGGACAACGACGCCCCCCGCUGGACGUCCAAAGACCAACGGGCAGACCUCAACAUCGAGGAGAGAAUUCCGUUGUACCUCCAAAACCUCGGCAUCGACCGAUCCCCCGCCGACAUCUUGACCCCGUUUGGGCCCCGGGGACCAAUCAGGGAGCCCGAAUUCUCCCCCACCGACCUCAGCACGGUCAAGGAUUCUGUGGGGGGGACGCCCGCCAAGUUGUCCGAAGACGGCAGCCCUCCAAAAGGAGACUUGGCGGACUCCGGCGCGUCGUUCCCUUCCGGCCAGGAGAGUCUUCCGGGCGCCGCGCGGGGACGCAGCGCCACGUCUUCGGCGUCAUCCGCCGACGCCGGCCGUCCUCCCGCCCUCCCGAAUUCCCGCUCGGCUGACGUCUCGAGUCCCCGAGCUCGCUCCUCGCUGUUUGCGGUGCAGUCGUUGUCCGGCUCGGCGACGGGCGCGGGAGGUUCCGCCCGUCUAGUGGCCACAAACUCUUCGCCGGAGCUCUCCGUCGAGAUCCAGGAUACGGCUUCGCCCCGGCGGGUCGAGCCGGAAGGCUGCAGCGCCGCCCCUCGCUCGCCGAUCGCCGUCGGCCCGCCCCCGGAGCCCGCCCCGGACGAGGAGGUCUCGCUUCCGGACGGUACGGCGCCGAUCCGGGAGGACCCGGAGGACCGAUCGGCGAUGAGCGACGGGAGCGGUCAGAGUUCGCUGACCGUCAGGGUGGCCGAGCUGCUGCGGGGCGGAUCCCCGGCCUCCGGCCUGUCGGACCGCGACGACCCGGAACACAAACGGAGGUUCAUCUUGAAGCUGUCGGAAGGCCGUUUUGACUCGCUGGAGUUGGGCGAAGAAGAUCGGCGGCGCAUCGAAGAGAUCAAGGCGGCGAUGCUCUCCAACAACUUUGUCACGAGCGAGAGUAGCACAGACACGGAGAGUACGGCAAUGGCGGCGGCGGCGCAGCCCGUUUCGGACCCAGGGGGCGCGCGGACCCCUGUUCUUCCUGGACCCGAGCGCACCCACCCGGAGGAUCGCGAGUUCGCCGGCGGCGCUGACGUCAAGGCGCACACGACCCGUAUGCGGCCCGCCUCAGCCUCCUCGCUGACCCCCGACCCCCUCCCGCCCACCCAGCUGGACGCCGGGUUUGUGCACAAAAAGACGUCGUCGUCGUCGUCGUCGUCGGAAGGAGCAGGAGGAAGCGAGAGCGCCGCCGAAGCGGACUCGGCCGCUGGGCCGGGCCGGACUCACGUCGCCGAGGACACGACCAUCCCGUUCGCUCAAGUGUCACGCGCCCACCUCGGCCUCUCGCCCAAGCCCCCCGAAGGAGGCCCCCGCCCUCCGACCUCCUCCUCUUCCUCGUCUUCGUCUCGUUCGCGGCCGACGGCGGAGUUCGUCCCGCUGAGGCGCUCCUCGCCCGCCCCGGGCGUCGGCCGGUCCGGCCCCCCGCCCCGGUGGGACGGACGCAGAGGGCUCGCAUCUGCUCUAGCUCCGCCUCCUCCUCCUCCUCAUCCUCACCAUUCUGUCGCCGGCGGCAGCAUGAGGAGCUCCACGCCGGAAACGCCAGUGAGGGACGAGUGCGCCCCGCGAGCGGCGCCGCUGCGUCCGUACAAACCUCGCGGCGCCGGCGAGCUCUUCUUCGUGCCUCACGCCGAAGCCGACGCGUCGUCAUCGUGCACCACCAUGGAGAGCUCGCACACGGGUCUGGACGACGCGGUGCCGCCGCCGUUCCCCGCCGAGGUUCUGGGCCGGACCGACCCGGGCCUGGACCGCGGCGUCUUCAUCAAGCACGCCGAGGGCAUCUACAGCAAGAAACGGGCCAACGCGCACUCGGGUGGCGCCGUGACGGCGGACGGGAGACUUCCUCCGGCCGCGGCGGAGCGCCUCGUCCCGGGAGGCGGAGUCGCGCGGCCGCCCUCCGACAGGGAGGCGUGGCUACUGGAGCAGCUGCAUCGCCUGUCGGAGCUCGUCCUCGCCACCGGGGGCGCCGCCGAGCCGCCGACGAGUCGCGGCCAGACCCAGUCGUCCGCCGGCGCCGCCGCGUGCGUCCUUUGUCCCGCCGACAGAGACGAGUCGAGCGCCACGUCGUCCACGCUGGACACGGACCGCCUGGUGCGGGCGUUCGGCGCCCGCCGUGUCCUGAGCGCCAAGACGCCCGCGUCCAAAAGCGCCGCCCGACUGCGCAAACUCUACGGCGAAGUGGCCAAGCAGAGGGCGCAGUGGGAGGGGCGGAGCUUCCGCCCGGCGCCGCCGUCGGACUCCGCCGUCACCGAGCCGUCCGACGCGACCGUCUCGUCGUCGUCGUCGCCGCCGUCGUCGGUCACGCCGCCGUGGCCCAGAAACGCCGAGCGUCCGCUCAGCAGAGGCCUUCGAGCAGUUGAUGUGGAAAUCGUGAGCAACGCGACGCGCCUUGGCACCCGAGACGUGGGGACCAUGUUCCCGCCGGCGGGACAAGCGACUAAAGGUCACGCCACCCCCCUCAAGUACAGGAAGACGCGCGCGCCGGCGAAGCUCCCCAAAGCGGUGUGGUGGUUCGUCCCCUGGGACGACGACGACUCCAAGGAAAACCGACCCGACGGAGGAGAAGCGGCGCUAGAGGAGGCCGACGGACCCGGGACCGGUACGGUGUGGUACGACGCCGUCGCGGCCAGAGAACCUCUCGGGCAGCGACAAAUGGACGACGACGACGACGGCGUGUAUCCCGCGUCCUCCAGUCGAGUCGCGUCUCUGCAGGAAGCGCUGGCCACGCGACGGGCCGACUUCAUCUCCAGCUCACGCCGCCGGCUUCAAAUCUUGCGCGUGAGGAAGACGAACGGAGGCGCGCCGCCAGGCGGCGCCGUGCCGGGGAGGGCGGUACCGUGGAAGGAGAUGAUCCAGCGGACCAACCGGAUGUACGAGCGGCUGCCGGAAGUUCUGCGCAAGUUGGAAGCCGAGCGGAGGGAAGCGCAGAACCGCCUCAACCGACUCAACCUGCAGAUUUACAACAAGAGACUCACCCAACGUCGCCUGGACAAGCGCAACACAAAACCUUGGUGAAUUAACCGCUGGAUUUUUUUUUUUUUUUUAAUGUCUUGUUUUUAAACGGAGCACUGAUGUCAGGUUGGACAUUUUUUAAAAAUCUUAAAAGCUCACAAAGAAAAAAUGUUUUCAAAAAUUAAAGAUGGGUUGCCAAGCCACA